AGCGACUCUGCUGGGAGUUCGGUCCCCUAACCCUAUGGCCUUCCCAGCGGGCGCGGGAAAUUUUUUAAGCUCUUCUUCUGCUGAGUUUUGUUUGAAUCCCAGGUCGGCGCACGCAGGAAAAAUUUCGACGCUUCUCAGACACUACCAAGACACGAAAUAACAUGGACCCGGCUAAGGAGUCCGUCGCGGUGCUGACAGACGCACUCGCGAGCGCGCCUGAGGUGCUGCUGCAGCCGACCGAUGCCCUGCGCGAGUCUGCGCGCUCGUCGGUCAAGUACUUUCUCGACCCUGUCGCGCGGCAGUACUCAAAAGUGUUCAAGAACGGCAUCUACGUCGACGGCCUGGACGCGCUGCAGAUUUGGGAGCAGACGCGGCUGGUGUUGGACGGCGUUGCUGAGAACGUGCUGUACGAUCGCUAUGUUGAGAUCACUGGCGAGGGCAGCAACGGCGACGACGAUAGCGAGGAUGGCGACGACGAGCUGGAAAAGAUUGCAAAGCGGAGGAAGCUGACGGCCGCAGAUGAGGAUGAGGGCGAGGACGAAGAUGAGAGUGGGAGCGAGGGCAGGGAGCUUAGUGGAUCGGAAGCCGAAGUGUCUGACAUGAGCGAAGACGAUGAUGAACUUGCAUUUGACGACGAAAAUGAGCAGAGCGAAGGAAACAGCGAUGAUGCAUCAGAAGAUGAAGAUGAUUUAGUUGAACAAGCCAGCGAAGACGAAGAGGCUGCAGAUGCUGAUAGCGAUGGGGACAUCGACAUGGACAAUCUGGUCGACGACUACGAAGACUCCGACGCAGGCUCUGCCGGAUCUGAAUCCGACGAGGGCGAAGAGAAAUUCGUCAAGGACAAGUUCGGUCUCAACGACGGGUUUUUCGACAUCGAUCAGUUCAAUCGUAUGACCGAGGACGCUGAGAGCUCGGCGCUCAACAAUGACGAAGACGAUGAUGACGAGGAAAUCGACUUCUUUGCCGAUCCAGAUGAACAGACUACCAUCAGCAGUAAACCCAAGUCGUCAAAGAAGCAGGAAAGCGACGACGAGGAGGAUAAUGACUCGGAGGACUACGAUGAAGAUGAUAUCGAGGGGCAUUUUGGACCGAUCGGACAGAGCGCCGGCGGUGCCGUCGAGGAUAACUCCAACGACAUCCGUUUUGAGGAUUUCUUCAAGCCUCCUUCGAACCGACGACAAGGAAAGCCACGGUCAGAACGGCCUAGACGGAAAGAAAAGUUCCAGGGUCUGGGAAGCGAGCUUGACGACGAGGAUCUAGAGCAAGCCAUGGACGGACUAAAGAAAGAUCUUUUCGCAGACGACGAAGAGGACGAAGAGGAUGACGGAGCCUCAGCAGAAGACGGCAAGAAACUGUCGACGUACGAGAAGAUGCAGCAAAAGCUGCGCUCGCAAAUCUCAAAACUCGAAGAGGAAAACGUCGCCAAGAAGGACUGGACGUUGAUGGGCGAAGCAAAGGCUAGCGCGCGUCCGCUCAACUCGCUUCUUGAAGAGGACCUCGAGUUUGAUCGUGGUGCGAAGCCCGUGCCGGUUAUCACUAGUGAGGUUACCGAGAGUCUGGAGGAUCUGAUCCGGAACCGAAUCAAGAACAACGACUUCAACGAUGUACCGCGCAGACUACCUGAUAGUAUGCCCGAGUUCCGAAAGAGCCGAUAUCUUGACGUCGAUCAGACGAAAUCCUCAAAGUCGCUCGCAGAGCUUUACGAGGACGACCAUAUGCGCCAAGCUGAUCCCGAGGGCCACCCUACGGUUGAAGACUCAAAGUUGCAAAAGAUGCACCGCGAGGUCGAGGAGAUGUUUGCCGACAUCACAUUCAAGCUCGACGCUCUCUCGUCGUGGCACUUCACGCCCAAGCCGGCGAAGCCUGCUAUCUCUAUCGUUGCCAACGUGCCGGCUAUUGCUAUGGAAGACGCGCAGCCUUCGGUUAUGUCUACAGAGAAUAUGCUGGCUCCUCAAGAAGUCUACGUGCCGCGCGACGGAAUCAAAAAGGACAAGACAGCAGGCGACGAGCCUUCGGCGGAGGUUCUUGGCCCGGACGGGCUGCCGGUUGCCCGGUCGGAGAUGUCGCGGGAGGAGAAGAAGCGGCGGCGCAGACGCGAGAAGGAGAGAUAUGCGAAGCGCGAGAGCUCGAAGCUGGAGACACGGGCGAUCAAGGCUCAGAAGGAAGGCAGUCGGGCGAACGUGGUCGAGACUCUCAAGAAGGGCAAUGUUACGGUUAUCGGCAAGCGUGGAGAGAAGUUGGAUGUGGAUGGUCACUUGAAGAAGGACAGACAGGGGCCGACGCAAGGUACGGGUUUGAAGCUGUGAGCAGAUGGGCUCAUCACCACAUCAUACCAUAUUUAAUGCAUUCUACCAUAUUUUUGGGCUUAUAACGAUUUAUU